ACGCACGCCACGCGAUUGGUCGUCCUUGCGCUGUGAAAAGAUCCGUUUUCCGUACCUGCUUUGUUCCACACCUUCCGCACUUCAAGUGAAACGAGCAUAUAACCAGACCCUGGAAAGAAAAGGAAAAAGGAUGAACCGGGAUGAAUACUAGAAAUUCAUUUACAGUUCCCACGGGAGAUCGGGUGACGGAAUGUGACGGUGGAUUAUCGCUCCGGCGAGCGAGUUAUUCAUUAUCACGCCAGAUGAACUGAUCGCGAGUCCGGAUAACCUCUCGGAGUAUUGCAGAAAAGUCAUCAGACAAUAUGGCGCCACGCAGGGAGGCGAGACCUAACCUCAAUCCCGGUAGAUCCUCGAGGAGGAGUAACAAGGGUUGGCUGGACAAUUAUUUGCAAUGGCGGCAACUUACCGCUUUUUUGACUGAUCCGAAAAAGUUGUCAUUCACGGCGAAAUUGUUCAUUGUUCUGGAAAUUGUCGUGAACGUGGUGAUCAUUCAAGCAGUAUCAUAUACAGAAAUUGAUUGGAGGGCCUAUAUGCAAGAAGUUGAGGGAUUCCUAAACGGUACGGUAGACUAUUCGAAACUACGAGGUGACACCGGACCGCUGGUCUAUCCUGCCGGAUUUGUCUAUGUCUUCUCCGGCCUUUACUAUAUAACUUCGCAUGGUGCUAAUAUAAGGAUAGCGCAAUAUCUCUUUGCAAUAUUGUAUGUGGUCACGUUGACAUUGAUCUUCCGGAUUUACGCGCGGACCAAAAAAGUACCUCCUUACGUUCUCAUCUUGAUGUGUUGUACCUCUUAUAGAAUACACUCGGUAUUCGUUUUAAGACUCUUCAAUGAUCCAGUAGCGAUGGUGCUACUGUAUGCAUCCAUUAACGCAUUUCUGGACAACCGCUGGUUCUUAGGUAGCGUGCUAUACAGUCUUGCUGUAUCCAUCAAAAUGAAUAUCCUGCUAUUUGCUCCAGCACUUCUCAUUGCUUACUUGUGCACGCUAGGAACACUCAAGACAUUGAUGCAUUUAUCUAUUUGUGCAUUAAUCCAGCUGAUUCUUGGUCUUCCAUUUUUGCUGGAGAAUUCAAUGGCUUAUAUAAUGGGUGCUUUUAAUUUGGGUAGAGUCUUCGAGUUUAAAUGGACUGUAAAUUGGAGAUUCUUACCCGAAGAGAUAUUUGUUCAUCCAUACCUGCAUAUGUCUUUGUUAUUUCUACAUGUACUAACAUUGCUAUACUGCACGCCUGUUUGGAUCACUUACAUGAAAUCAUACGCAAGAUUGAAACAUGUGGGAAAGGAAUUGAAGUCUCAGCUUCGUAAAAAAGAGAAGGUGGACAUGUCUACAGUAAGUCAGUUAUUUGUUUGUCCCUUCUUCGUCGCGAAUUUCAUCGGUAUUAUGUUCAGCAGAUCGUUGCAUUAUCAAUUCUAUAUAUGGUACUACCACACGUUACCGUAUAUCGCGUGGUGUACUGACUAUAAGACUGUCCUUAAAUUGACCAUCCUAGGUGUGAUAGAAUUGUGCUGGAACACGUAUCCGAGCACGGUGUUCAGUAGCGCAGCAUUGCAUAUGUGUCAUAUAAUUUUAUUGUAUGGAAUCCUUAAAAAUAGAUCGAAUACCGCCAAAGAGAAAUGAAGGGUGAAUACAUGUAUAUUUAGAUUUCGCAUUUCUUGAUUAUAUUCCUGUAUGAUCUAUGUAUAAAAUACAUAGACUAAAUGUUUUCAUUCGAAAAUUUCGCUAUUAUAUAACGUCCAUCUCCUGAUACGUAUGAUAAAUGUAUGCAUGGGUAUAUCUAGAGGAGAAUUGAACCUCCCCCUCUCUCUUGAAAUUUCAUAUUUCGAAAUUAUAUAAAAUAUUAACACUAUUAUUACUAUCUUAUUGCUAUUUCCAAAAAGGCUGUUUCAUCCUUAAGGGUCGGUAGGAGUGACGGGCUAAUUUCUAUCUAAAAUGAUCUAAAAUGAUUAUCCAUUCUUUAUUUACAGUGCAGAUAUGUAUCUGUACUCAAUUAUAUUUUGUUUUAUAGAAACGAUGUUUCGUCAUGAAAUUUUAAGAUAAUUUCUUUUAC